AUGGUUCAGAGGUCUCCGUUUGUUGAUUCAAUCAAUGUAGUGACAGUGUCGAUCCGAGCGAACAUACAAAUCCCUGCUGGCUCCCAAUUACAAAUAAGUGGUCUCGACGGCGCUUACGCUGAUUCCUCUUCCGCCCCCUUGUCUUACACAGCUGGAUAUCUCCCAUACUCCAAUGUUACCUAUGCCCCGGUUGCCUCAAACUAUACCGUGUCCUACAACUCUUCCAGUCUUGAUUGCACCCUCUCGAACUGCUCCUGCACCGAUGGUAUACCUGCUGGCCCUGCCUCCUGCGGGUGUCAAUGUGUUGCGGUGUGUUCGAGCGACAUCUGCUCUUGCUCUCUCUCUGGGUCGCCGAGCGGUCCUGCACAGUGCGGCUGUCAGUGUGUGAGGCCCUCCUGCGGCAGCUGCAGCUGUGAUGAGAACGGGAACCCUUCUGGGAAUCCCCUUUGCCAGUGCGGGUGCAUGGCGAACGCUACUACCGAUGCAGUCGACUACUUUUCGAAUGGCACAACGCAGUCAUUCGGUCUGUUUACAGCGAGUGCCCUUACCUUGACUGUGGUGAAGAGUCUCUACGUCAACACCUUGUAUUCUUUCAAUUUCCAGUUCCAUAACCCGUCUGCGCCGCAGUCAGCUCCCGCGGUGUACAUAUCGGUGAAUGGGUCAAUCACUUUUGGGUUGCAGCGGAUCUACAAUCAGAAUCUCACGAUAUUUGGCGUGAGCAACGGAGGAAAUGUACUGGAGAUCAUCCAGCCGAGCUUUGUACAAGCUCUGAUGACACAAGCCACACCUGUAGCCGGAGUCUUGAACUCCUUGACUUUGACCUUGCAGAUGAACUGCAACCUUCCUGCUGGCUCUGAAGUAACGAUCUCUGGACUGUAUGGCGCAAGCACAGAGAACUCUUCCCUGGCCAUCUCAUCAAGUCCGAGUCACUUCCAGCAAGUGGGGGUGUGGAGCCGAGCGAAUGGUACUCUGGUGAUGACAAGCGCAGGGGCAUACUCACUUACUAGUUACACGAUCAUUUUCAACCUGACCAACGGGGGGAUCGAUCAGACAUCGCCUUCGCAGUAUGCAAGUGGAUAUGUUCAGCUAGGAAUGUACGGCCAGUCUAUGUUUGAUUUGAACAAACUGCACGAGAGCAUCCUUGGGGUGACGAAUGGCUCCGAUCCUUUACAACUGGUUACGCCAGUUUUUUCCUUUGGGUACAUUUUCCAAAAUUCUCCUUUGCCAUCUGCCUCGAAUUCUAUGUUUGUUAGUUUCGAAACCAACGUCAACCUUGAAAGAGGCUCAAUCAUUACGCUGUCGAACCUCAUUUAUGCAAGCUUCGAUAAAGCUUUCAUUGAGAUAUACAACUCUACUUUUCAGCAGGAUUUUCAUUUUGUGGCGAAUUCUACAGGGGGGUAUGGCUCAGUCCAACCCGGACUGUACAACACCAUUCUUUUGACAGUCGAGACUGCAAUACUUUCAUUUGAACAGAUACACUUUUCAUUCGAUAUCCGAAAUCCCAGUAUCUCAUACCUUGACAUCCAUUCAAACGAAUCUGCAUGUGCGGAUGCCUCGAGCUGUACGUGCAGCAGCUUGUGCGGAUGCAACCAAUAUCAGAGUUUUGAUGGGCUCUUGCAAUUUGCUGACAUUUUUCUCCACAAUGAUUUGAUUUGCCUCUGGAAGAUUAAUCUUCCAAUCCCCGGGUCGCUGAAUGUAUAUGUUGACAUCAGUUUUUUAAAUUUGCAGUAUUCCUCUAUCACGCUUUCCACUCCAUUUCUGAUUGUAUAUCAGUGCUAUGAUGUAUCUUGCAAUCAAGCAGUUAUUGUCAAGUCCAUUGUGCAACUUACUCCUCACAUAUCAUUUUCGAUUAGCUCUCCAACUGGAUUUGUCCAAAUCAAGAUGCCAGGAAAUUUUUCGACAACUUUGUCACUGCAAUACAAUAUUUCGAUCUCAUGGAACAGUACUCUACAUCCUCCCGACAUCUUUGUUGAAGCUCAAGGUACUCUAAAUUCUUUCCCGCCCGGCGCUCCCUUCUUUCCCAGUGUUCUACUCAACACUUCGAAUCAAAACGCCCUGGGAGUUAGAAAUGGGUCCCAGGCACUUUACAUCAUUGUUCCAGAAUUUGUUGUGCGGAACAUUGGCCAAAGCAAUCCUCUUGCUGGAGCUUCAAACAACAUCACUCUGACACUUUCUACAAACUGUGAUGUACCGUUUGGUUCAAAUUUGACCAUAUCUGGAUUGAAGAACACUUCAACUCCGGACAAUUCUGCAUUUCAAAUAGUAGGUGGUCAAUCGAUCAAUUCGCUUGGAUCAUGGAUAGCAAAUACUGGCACUGUCGCUAUGUCUUUAAACAACACUGGGCUCACUUCUUAUUCUAUUUACACAAUAAGUUUCUCUGUGCAGAAUAUUGACAUUGCACAGGCAGGCCAGCAAAUAUUUGUACAUGGGCAGAUCGAGUCUGGGAAGUAUGAUUCAUACUUCCUCAUUGGAAUUCCUGGUGUUGGAAUUCCUAGCAGCCAAUAUACCGAUCUUGGUCUGAUGAAUUCUUCUACUGAGCCUGUGCAAGGCGUGUAUCAAGGGAGGAGCCCAAUGUACUUUUCUGGAUUACUUGCAGACUAUGGUCGAGGAUACAGCGAACCAUGUAUCAGCCCUUUCUCAUGGCCCUCACGAGUAUAUGAUGGUGAGGAGGUCUUGUUAGACUACUCGAAGACAAGCUCGAAAUGGUUCUCCUCCUUGGUCUCUCAGACGUGGCCAUUCAUCAAUCAAUCGAACAAUCUUAGUCUGAGCAUUGUUCCCAACUGCACCAUAGCGAAUGGCUCCUGGCUCGAGUUCAGCGGAUUUUUGCAAACCCAAACUUUGACCAAUCUCUCCUUUCCAAUCGGCGGACUUCAUGCAUACCUAUUUUCGGAUGGGACAUUUCCAUCAUCUGCCAGGUGGUUUCAAAACAAUGGUACCCUGAAGAUUCAAUGCAUCCAAGAUCUCUUUGCCAAUCAGAGUUAUGAGAUACAUUUCACGGUAACCAACCCAAGUAAUGGACAGACAUCUCCCACAAUUUCUGUUUCCGGGCAAAUAGCUGCAGGCGCAUACUUCUCUGCUUUUCAAUUCCAAAAUCUGUCUGCGAAGACGAGCUUGUCGUCUGUAUUCUCCAAUUGGUUUGGAUAUUCGCAAGCAUAUCCCAUUGAACGCCCGCUUGAAAUUGUAGAAAUCUCUUCGAGCGCAAACAUAACCCAAUUCACGCCAUUGACAUUUGCUGAUAACGUUUUGGGUGUAUCAUUUGUUUUCAAUCUCCUUGCUUACUCCGCUCAGAAUUCGCUUGGAGUGUGGACAGGCUCGUCUGCUUACGCGUUGACGGUCGCACUUAUCAAAUAUCUUUUUUGGUGCAGAAUUCACAAGAACCCCAAGCCUUACAUCAGCUUUAGCGCCAUUGAACAAAGCGAUCCUCUUGCUGGAGCCUUGAACAAGAUAUCGGUUAACAUCUCGAUGUCUUGUGACCUUGCGCCUGGAUCUUCUCUCACAAUUUCUGGAAUCACUGGUUCAGCGACUUUGACAGUUGGAUCUGGUUUUGAACUUGGGGGUCCCAAUUCCUCUCUCUUUGUGGAUUCUCAGAAUCAAAUCGGAAGAGCAGGGUGGGAUCAGGCCCCUCCGGACAUCUUUGUGUCAGGCUCGGUCGCAGGAGAAGGCAGCAGUGUUGCUCCCUUGUCGCAGGUGCUUAUGACAACCUCCAACAGCAGCCGUCUCGGUGUGUCCCAGGGCGCUGGUGCUUUCAGGACGGUGCUCGCCUACUUCCAGGAGGCAGUGGUGGUACAGAGCAGCCCGCUUGCAAACGCUGACAACACGCUGUCGGUCACGCUCAGGACGAAUUGUGACCUUCAAGCCGCCAGCACCAUCACGAUCUCAGGGCUUGUCAACAGUCAGUCAGCAGAUAGCGCUUGCUUGUCCUUGUAUGGACCUAGUGCCUCACUGCUGUCCAACGGUACCCAAGCCUCAUGCGGCAUCUGGAACCAAGCUCAAGGGUCUCUGCGGCUUACUCUACUCAACGGUACUCUCAACUCGGAGUCAAUAAUUUUCUCUUUCAGCCUCGUGAACCCUUCCUCAGCGCAGGCCCCUCCGGACAUCUUUGUGUCAGGCUCGGUCGCAGGAGAAGGCAGCAGUGUUGCUCCCUUGUCGCAGGUGCUUAUGACAACCUCCAACAGCAGCCGUCUCGGUGUGUCCCAGGGCGCUGGUGCUUUCAGGACGGUGCUCGCCUACUUCCAGGAGGCAGUGGUGGUACAGAGCAGCCCGCUUGCAAACGCUGACAACACGCUGUCGGUCACGCUCAGGACGAAUUGUGACCUUCAAGCCGCCAGCACCAUCACGAUCUCAGGGCUUGUCAACAGUCAGUCAGCAGAUAGCGCUUGCUUGUCCUUGUAUGGACCUAGUGCCUCACUGCUGUCCAACGGUACCCAAGCCUCAUGCGGCAUCUGGAACCAAGCUCAAGGGUCUCUGCGGCUUACUCUACUCAACGGUACUCUCAACUCGGAGUCAAUAAUUUUCUCUUUCAGCCUCGUGAACCCUUCCUCAGCGCAGGCCCCUCCGGACAUCUUUGUGUCAGGCUCGGUCGCAGGAGAAGGGAUUUAUGUGGCUCUCAUCAAGACUUCGCUUCUUCUGCCGUCAAAUUUCUCGCUUUCUGGAUUGAAUGAGAAUCAAGCUCCCUUCUUCAUCUUGAUUGUGAGAUUGAAAAACCUGAGCGCAUUUCAAGAGAAUCCUUUUGUGGGGCGAUUGAAUACAUUUCAUUUUUCUUUUGAGCCCAGCCUUCCAUUGCUAGAGAACACGUCUCUGAAGAUUACCGGGAUGAAUUUAGGAUCUUUGAAGAGUGAAUCGUCUUCUAACUUGACGAUCUCUGCUUUCAAUAGCACGAAUGCUGUCGCUCAAGUUACAGCACUUUACAGCCAAGCUGAUUCAACCAUUUCGUGGGAACUUGUCGAGACAUGGUAUGUGGAUUUGUACCAUUUUACCUUUCAAGCCUACAAUCCAAAUUCUCCUCAACAAUCGCCUAACAUUAGUAUGUGCGUGAAAAACGUUGUUUUUGUAUGUUACAGCGUCACCAAGAAACUAAAUGAUGUUUUGGGUGUGACAACUGGUGCUCAGCCUCUGUAUGUCGUUCAACCAUUUCAAGUUCGGCAAAUUUAUGGGUCAAGCAAUUUAGCCGGAGGGCUCAAUAAUAUCAGCGUUAUGCUUCAAACCAAGAUCAACUUUGCAGUACAGGACUCAAUCUACAUCUCCGGACUUUAUGGAGCUGGAAUUGUCACCACUGAAACGAUUCCGAUCUUCGAUGAGGCAAACUCUGGCUCGACUUCUGCAUUCGGAAACAGUGCUGUCUAUGAUGGAACCACAGGCACACUUCGACUUAUUGUCAACCAUCUUAUGGAUGGAAAUCAUCUGUACUCCUUCUAUUUUCAAUUGAAAAAUCCGUUAUUUCUUCAACAAACUCAUUUGACAAUCUAUGCUGUGUCAAGUGUAGCCAACGUUUCAUCACUGACAAUGAGUUUUUCCAACGCAACUGCACCUUUAUCUGUCUAUGGCAUACCGACAUUCCAUUCUCUUUCAUUUGGAAAUCCGAGAGCUGGUGCAAAGAGCAAUAUCACGAUGGAGUUUACAGUUGGAAUCGAAAUUGAAUAUGGAUCAUACAUUUAUUUCUCACUUCCAUUCACAGCAAACCAGCAUGUGUAUUAUCCAGUGUACAUCAAAGCUAAUGCCAAUAGCCUUAAUGUUACUGAGAUUCUCUGGAUCUCAGAGUCAUCAAAAAGUUAUCUAAGAUUUGAAUUAGGUCUGAAUACUCCGUUCCCUUCCUCUGUAACACAAUCGAUUACACUGGAGUCGAACUUUUGGAUCCCUGCAUCCGGCAUUCCCGCGAACAAUUCUGAUUUCAAGAUGUUUAUUUUCUCUCAGUCAACGACCCCGUUUCCUGUUUCAAUCUCUCCAUUCGUUGCACCUCUCUUCGAAGCGCUUUACGUCAAUGCAUUGUCUUUUGCCGUUCAGGCUUAUGUCCCACAAUUCAGCGAAAAUCAAUUGACUUUGAAAUCUGUCACUGAAAUCGCGUCCACUAGUGACGAAAUCCAGCUGGUCACUGAGUAUUUAGCUUGUUCGACUGCUGCGUCACUGCAAUCGUUGGCAAUAGAUUCGAACUUGUCAUUUCACUUGGAUUCAAGUUCCAUGUUGACCGGAAAUUAUAGACUUUGUUAUAGGAAUCGAUUUCAAAACUCAACAGAUUUAUUUACGGAUACAGGACUUCUCGUAUACAUUCAAGGCAUCAUAUCUAGUCUCUCCUUCUCCAACAGCACUUCUUUUGUUGAGGCCUUUGCUCCGAGAAAUUCAUUCACGGUAACCAUCAACUCUGGUGCAGUUGUGAAAGUUGAAAAUCAUUUUGUGACGCUGGUGCAUGCGAAUUAUACCUGCCAAGACACUCCUCUACUGGUCCAAGGCGCUCUUUUCCCAGGGUUUAGCGUUGUGUCCUCAUCGCUCUCAGCAUACUUCGACUGGAAAGGUUGCAGUCCUCAAGGCACCCCUAAGAUUUUCUCCGGAGCAUGCCCGAUCGAAGGGUUCUACCGUCUUUGCUUUUCAAGUAACUCUAUCUCUACGAAUGAGACGGGAAUUUCUGUUCGAAUCACUCAAAUGCAGUUGAGUCUGAAGCCUAAUUCCUCCAUCAUCAGCAAUGUCGAUGGAAAAUUUUUUCCACAGAUUUCAAUUCUUGUGGGAAGUAGCUUCCAGUCGUGUUGUUUUGAUACCUUGGUAUAUGUCACUUUGAUUAAGGAUGGUCAAACAGAUUUGGGGACUUUUUUGUAUGGCAAUUACAAUUCAAACGAAGAUGUCUUCAAGACUCUUUCAUGCAACCAAAUUUGUUUGUUUCCAUCCAUCAAUGUACAGCAUACUGGGGGCAACGGUUUCCAGCUUUUGUUCAGUACCCCUGGAGCUACUGUAAUUUCCAAUGAAUUUUCAAUUUAUCCCAAGGGACUAGCAAUUCUCACUGCAAUACCUUCUCAAUUGAUAGUGCAGAGCAACCAGACUGUGUUGCUGCCUGAUCCAUUGGUCGUGUCAAUGCAAGGCCUGCAGGAGAAUAUUAGCAGCUCAGGCAGUUUUGAUGGGUUGCACUUGGUUGUAAAGCUUGUGACAGGACAAAAUGGUACAGACUCGAAUUCAAACAACUCACUGGCGGAAGUCAUUUAUCCGGAUGAUAUGUUGCCCACAUCAGCCAGAGUGAACGGUACCUUGAUUCAGAACGGAUUAGCGAUCUUCAAUGGAAGUUUGUCCUUGAAAAUUCAGCAUCAAGCGGGAAAAUAUUUUCGACUGCUCUUUCUAAUCCGUGAAUAUCCCAACAUUUCUGCCUUCUCAAACUCAUUUUCUAUUGUCCCUGCAAAACUCGGAAUAUCGAUAGGUUCAAACUUUUCGAAAAUUGCAGCGGACUCUUUGCUUUCGGUUGUAAAACUUGAUGGCACAAGCAAUGACACAUUCAAUGUCAAUGGGCUGCCUUCAAGCCUGCAUGUGAGCUUGUUGGAUAGUGAAGAUCAAACGAUCCAACAUGCGUCUUGCUCAGCUUGUGUCAUUGCACGACUGAUGAAAUGUGAUAAUAGCACCCCCUUCUCGACGGCCAACGAUUUCUCUGGAAGUUUGCCGCAGUGUCAAAUAUCCCUGACGGACUCUGAGCCUGAUCAAGUUCUUGGAGCAGCUCAAGCCAAAUGUGCUACCUCGAAUUCUCAGAAAAAUGCUUGUGUGAGCGCAAGUGAGAGCUCUGAACAGUUCCAAUACACCUUGUCCAACUCAUUAGGACACAUCAAUGGAACCGUCUCGAGUGUCUCUCAAGGUAUUGCCAGUUUUUAUGACCUCCAGGUCCAUUUUGUUGUUGGCGCUGGCUAUAUCUUGCGCUUUGUUUUCAGUCCAACCACUGAAAGUGCGAAUUCCUUUAAUGUUAGGUCAAGCUUUGCAGCUGAAUAUGGCAACGUCCUCCUCCCUGAUCCCAGAUUCUCUCCAAAUUCUAACUUCUUCAUCAGACCAUAUAAGAUGGUUAUGAUUCAACAACCGGGCGGUGACGGAGUCGAUGUUGGAUUGGAAGGUGGAGAUGGUAUACAAGGCACUCCUGAUGGGGUAGGGAACAAUCAUGUCUUUCGUGUGCAACCAGCCGUGGCCAUCAGUGGAGAUGGGUACUUGUUCAGUGUCGCUUGGAACACUCACGGCUAUACCCCUCUCGUUGCAGUGAUUAAGGAUUCCUCUUGUGGGGGAAGUUGCAGUUUGUUUGGGCUUGUACUAUCUGGAAAUGUGACUCCGGUUUCAACUUUCCACUCGCAGUAUCGAUCGAUGCCUUCCUCGCAAGGCAACAGGACGGCUUAUUUCGGCGGAUUUCCAGCUGCGUCAUCGACGGUGUCAUUUGGUUUCAAUCACGUGUGGUCGGUAACAGUCAAUGAUACGGCAUUUGAUUACAAUAUCAGUAUUUCAGCUGUUGCCUUCACCUUUGUUGACCUUAAAAUUGCUACCAUGAACUCUAUGCUUGGAGUGGAAAAUGUUCAACUAUCUUUUCUAUGUGGUAUCAACACCGAAGUUGUUUCCGCAGCAGACAACGGAAAUGGAGGGCUUUUUACGAUUGUUGAUUCCACGUUCUUUGACAUUUUCUCAAAUCCUUAUCCUCCAACCAAUGUCAAGUUUGUAAAUUAUGAUUCCAAUUCAUUCAGAUUAGAGUUUGAUCCGCCUGUAAUUUUGAGACAAAAUCCUUUGUCUGGAUUUAUUAUCGAGGUUAUUUUGUGCAAUCAGUCUCAGCCUGGACUCUUGAAUCUCCAGGAUUUCAAUGGAUCUUGUCCCAAAGCAAAAGAUGUAUACUCAGAAGCAUUUCCUCUGGCUACAGAGCUUGGCACCGACUAUUUUGAUGGCGGUGGAUUUUCCAUACAGGUUUUCAUGUCAUACGACAAUGUAUCAAUAGGAUCAAGGACUUCAAUCAAGAUCGAUUUCAUUCCAGAUCGAAGCAUUCAUCCAGGAGACAAAAUAAAGAUAGAUCUCGGCCUUUUUGGAUCUCUCAAUGACAAUGUAUCUGCUCAAUUUGAGGUCUCCAGCGAGGGGUCAGGCUUAUUUGUGACCGUUUUCAACCAAACGUCCUCAACAAUGACCUUAACCGUCCCAGACUCGUUGUUGUUGGUCGAGUCGAUUCCUGUCUCGUUGGUUGUUCCUUCCUUUGCAGGAUUUGUGAUUCCGGACGCAAACGUGUCGAGCUGGUAUCCGCCCAGAAAAGUGGUGGGACAAGUGAUAGGAUCCCAGAAUAGUGGAAGGUUUGAUAACUGCAAAGGGAAUGGGUGUGUUGCAGUAUCUUCUUCUUUCCUGCCCAUCCUGCAAGACUCCAACUCCAUGGACUUGACUUGGUCGGGCCCGUUGCAGUAUGGAGGUGUAGGGACUGUCUGCUCAGAAUCAGUGGAUUUGCUGGGGUCAGGUCAGUUCCCAACCAAUGACAUAUGCUCAAUUUUUGAAGCCUCCGCGCAACGAAUUCCAUCUGGAAUUGUCGGAGAUAGCGGUCAAAAUGGUGCGCCUGUUGGAGAUUAUGGAGGUUCCUCGCACACCAACACUAUAUUUCAGACUAGCACCGCAGACUGCUUGAGCACGCAAAGACCAACAAAACUGUGUGCGCUGAGUGUCGGCAUGGGACCGAUGCAAACCAUAGAAAUACAGUACCAAAAAUCGUCAAACCUAUCAAACUCUUCACUUGUAGAGUUAAAAUUGGUACCAUCAGUCUCGCUUGGAACCACAGAUACUCUCAAGGUUCCCCUUAAUGGUCUCUUGGAUGGCCAGAUCUUGUUGGAAACGAUCAACUUCGACGUGUAUGUAGAUGACCAUUUGGUCGGAUACUGGAAAUCCUCAUACAGUUCGGCUGGCGAGCUUAUCAUCAAAGUCAAUGAUAAUGUCUUUGCUCAUCAAAGUGUCGUCAUGGUGACAUACACAUCCAGACUCAUCUCGUCGCAGUCAACAAACAUUUCCACAGUACUGCCCUGUUACCUCUCAUUUGAUUCGAAUCGCACGACUCUUCUCUUCAAGGAUGGAUCAGUCGCAAGUAGCUUGACUCAGCGUUAUGGCAUUCCUGUUGCCGAUUAUUCACAGUCGGGUCAGCUCGAUCUGCAAUCAGGAAAGAUUUAUAAAUUACGUGUAACUGCCUUCAAUGGGCGGUUCAGAAGCAGUGCUGUUGAGGUUGACUCAAGUGCAAGAGCAAUUAAUAUUCCAGCAUCUCCAACAAUAUUUUCUUCGGUCAGUCAGGACACUUUGAAUGUCUCCGUGAAAUUUUCUUCUCAAAUCCCAUUGCAACCAACUCAAAUCAGCAUAAGCUUUUCUCCAUCGUUUGAUUUGCCUCCAGCAUCUUGGAUAAGUCUAAAGUUAAAUCAAUUCAAAAGCGCAGAUGGAAGCGCCUUGUCCUUUUGUAAUAGGAAUGAUUGUCUGCAUAAACUUUACGCGGAUAUAAACUAUACAACAUUUAGCAACGAGAUCAGCUCUGCAAUUUUCAACUCCUUCUCCGAAGAAUUGAUUUUAUUUACCAAUCCCAACUUUUCUUUGUUAUUUGGGUCUCAAAUACAGGUUGUCAUCUCUGAUCAAUCAGGAAUUCUUUAUCCAAGUUUCAACAAUCUUGUCUUUGACGCUACAACAUCCAGGUAUCUUGUAUUGGCUUCAUUGUCUUCAUUCAAGUUGCAGUGGGUUUCACAGUUUCCUUUUGCGGAUACGCCCAGGAAGGGAUUUCUGCUGCAAAUGUCGUCAGAUCAGUACUGGAGAUAUGACAUCCAAACUGUUAGCAUCCCAGAUGACCUCAGCCAAUUCCCUGGAGUUGGGAAUAGUCUGUUCUGGCUAGAUGCAGAUUUGUCUUCAACUUCGACAAUGUUGAAGACGACUUUGAAUAUUCCUGCAUUGCUUGAUAGAUAUGUCAGAAUUGAGAGCGAAAUAAUGAGAAUCAAGAACAUUACUGUUGAGGGAUGGGUUGUUGAACGUGGAGUGUUGAACACAAAAGCUGCAAAUCACAGCUCUGUCCUGGGAGGUGGUACCUGUAGUUGCUUCACAAAUGGGACUCACAGUGGAAUCCCUGGGGCAGGUUACGAUGCUUGUGUAUGCCAAGCUGUGAAAUUGAUUCAAAUAUUGGCAACGGACUUUGAAAAACCAUCGUCUGGUGUAGUCAUUCAGAAAGGAUGGGGAUCAGGUUGCGAUUUAAAGUCAUCUUCUCUGAAUUCUUGGUGCAAUCCCCUUGGAAAGUCAUUCACGGAAGACAUCAGGACUUAUCAAAGUGCCCAACUCCUCAGUGGCUUCACAAAUCUGGUCACGUUCAUCUCACCUUGCAGUGGGUCAGCACAUUACGAUCAGUGUGACCUUGGCUUGAGCGCAUGCACGUGUCAAGCCCCUUUCGUUGGAAGCCUGGACUACUUGCAACUUCUUCGCAAGUAUCAGGACAUCAAGAUAAAUCCUUCCGGGUACCCACUAGACUAUCCUUCCAUUCAGAUAGGAAAUUUGAUUUUUGCGGUCUCGUCUGCAGAUCAGAAUUAUAUUUUCCUGAAUCAAUCUGUAUCAACUUAUUUAAGUUACGUCAAAAUUGAUCAAGAGGUUAUGCUGGUAAGUUCCAUCUCAUCGUCGAUUUUCAAUAUUCAGAUCGUAGCCCCUGGAUCUGGUUGUUUGCAACCUAACGGGACCCUUGUCGUCUUGAAUCAACAAUCAAAUGACUUCUUUGCGCAGUAUUUCACAACUGCAGGUCAAAUAUCUUCAAUUCACAUAAUUCACCCUGGGUAUAACUUCAACACACGGCCAGAUAUAGGAACGUCCGACCCAAGUUGUUCGAGUUAUGCUCUGAGGGCAGUAUUGCUUAACAAUGUAUUGGAAUGUAAUAGAGGUCAGCUAGGCACCGUGGGUGCCGUACAUGCAAACGGAUCAAACGUCUUCUUCGUCUUCUCUGUGUUUCGCCAGUCUUUACAAUAUUUCUUUAGAAUCGCAGCUUACAACAGUGCUGGCAUCAGCAACUAUCUUUACUUUGACUUCCAAGUCCUUUCAAUUUCUCCCACAGUUUUAAGCACGACUGGAGGAAUAAUGUACAUUGAAAUGUUAGGUGGUGGAUUCACUGCCACAGGGUUGACCAUCUGGAUUGGCUCUUUGGCUACUGCAAACAGUAUUGAUCUGUCAAAAUCUAAAAUGUGCAACAAUGUUGUCACUUUGGACGACGCAGGAACUAAAGUCACUUGUACCUAUCGCCCAUGGGUUGGGAGAAAGCAUUUGGUUAUAGCAAUUUAUGAGAGUGGAAUGAUUUCACGAAUAUCAGCUGGUAAAAGUUCGAUUUCGUUUCAGGCACCAGUUAUAACACAAAUAGUGCCAUCAUACGUUGAACCGUUUACUUCCCUUACUUUGACAGUGAUUGGAAACAGCUUCGGUCCAAACGCUUCCGAUGUUGCCGGAGCGCUGAUUCUCAACGAUGGAAGCUCAUUGCCUUGCAACCCGAUUACACUGGUUUCAAAUUCUUUGCUGUACUGCAAAGUUUCAAGUAGCAGGAAUGUGUCUCAAGAUUCAUACGUGCGACUCACAGUUGGAUCUAUCUGGAGUGGUGGCGGGCAAGUGACUGCCAAGUCACAAGCAGCCGGCCUGGCCAUAAUCGGCCCUCCUUCCCAACUGACCGUGAAUUUACAACUUGACUUCAAUGCAAGUGUGUCGAAAUACGGUCUGGCAGUCUUAGUCAAGCAGCUUGAAGUUGAGUUUGCUCACUUGGUCGGGAUACCUGUUACAAGAGUGAGAGUAGUUUCAAUCAGACCCGGCAGCAUAAUCGUGACCUACGAGAUAUCAUGGGGGUCACCAACGACGACGCUUGCUUCCCCAGCUGCUGUCAUCCAACAGUUCAUCAAUAUCCUUCAAAAUCAGCCUCAGGCUGGAGGCAGCUUUUUGAAUUCAGCAAAUUCAAGCAAUAUCGUCACAUCAGACCCUACUCUGUUGAAUCAGUUAAGCAAUGCAGCAGCAUCCUCCCAGGUGACAACAUAUUUGCAGAUAUGUGCGAUCAGCAAUGUUAUCCUCGACUAUCAAGAGUGCUAUCUUUGCUGCAUAUCAACAUGUCCAGUCUCACCUUUGCCUGUUCCGUUUAAGAGCCUGAAUAGAGAAUUGAAGACGAUUUGGUGUGAACAAAGGUGUUUUGAAUUUUGUGGUGGAUUUGUCACAUGA